AUGGAGAAUCCAGAGCAAGAUAUUCCCCACGUGAUCCAUCUUCUCACACAAACGCCGCCGCAUACCCAACGGGCAGCGAUCGAAAAGUACUUCACGCCCAAUGCCUCGUUCACGCAUCCCUUCUGCCGCACGGGCAAGUUCAGCAACUCGCGCGCCCUCAUUCUCGCCAUCUACCGGUGGUACAAGAUCAUGAGUCCAAGAAUCGACCUGAGAGUCAACUCGGUUGCUUUCGACCAGACCAACCUCAUCCUCUACGUCCACAUCUCGCAAGUCUUCCGCAUCUGGCUCAUCCCCUUCUACUCGGCCCCUGCGUCCCUCGUCACGGUGCUGCACCUCGCCCACGUCGCGGCGGCCGAUGAUGACGCGGGCGAAGACGGCGGCGACGAAGGCGGGCGGGGUAAGUACUACAUUACCGCGCAGAACGACCUCUACCAGACGAACGAGUUUGUGCGUUUCGUCUGGUUCGGUGGUUUUUUGUUCGUAUGGACGUUUCAGUUUGCAGCAACCUUCUUCUGCGUCUUGGGCGCCUUUUUCCUAUCGCCCUUGACGGCACUCCAGGAGCGUUUUCAGCAGGGCGGAGGCCUGCGCGGGAGAGAGGUGCCGGAAAGCCUAUCGGGAAAGAUCGAGAAGAAGUAUCUCUGA